AUGCGAUAUAGGGACGUGGCGAAGUUUGUGAUAUGGCCUGAAUGCACUUUACCGAAAGAAUACAAUCGUGGAUAUGUGGUGCGCUCGUAUUUUCAUUCGUAUAAUGAAGACAAAUCGAAGCGAACGGCCAUUCGGUACACUCAUGCAGGUAAUCAUCAAUCAGCCGUGCUCAGAUUGAAUAAGGCAUCACCAAAAUGGAGCGAUACCGAAGUGAGGAAAAAACUUUUGAGUGGUGAAUUGGAUACAUCUGCAUUCAUCCAUCCAGCCGGCUUAAAGCAAGACAGAUCCAAGGUUUGUGUUGUAUUGUAA